AUGAGUAAGCGGUUGUUUCUACGCAUCGUCGACGACUUGGAAGCCAACUACGAUUAUUUUAAACAAAAAGCGGAUGCGGGAGGGGCACUUGGAUUUACCGGUAUCCAAAAGUGUAUGUCGGCGUUACGAAUCCUUGCUUAUGGAAACACAACCAACAUCAACGACGAGUAUCUAAAAAUGGGCGAGAAAACAACGCGAGACACCUUGGAGCAUUUUUGUCGCGGUAUUAUUGAUGUGUAUGGUGCGCGUUAUCUUAGAACGCCCACAUGGGACGACCUUCAAAAGAUCUACGAGGUACAUUCGGCGGAGCAUGGUUUGCCUGGUAUGAUCGGGAGCAUAUAUUGCAUGCAUUGGCGUUGGGAUAACUGCCCGACCGCAUGGCGAGGCCAACACACACGGGGUGACCAAAAAGGACCCACUGUUAUUCUUCAGGCGGUUUGA